UACCAUAUCUGCCUAUGAAUGCAACUGUUGAACAACUUGAAGCGGUUUUCAACAAUUUUGGGCCUAUUAAGCAUAAUGGUAUUCAAGUUAGAAGUAGCAAGGUAUGUUUCAUAUUUAACCUCGUUAACUCCAUUUAGAUUUCUUAUUUAUAAUGAUGUUCACAUGUUUUUUAUUUUGCUAUCUUCUAUCCAGCAACAGGGGACAUGUUUUGGUUUUGUGGAAUUCGAAUCUGCCAGUUUGAUGCAAAGUGCUAUUGAGCUAACAAUGACAGAGGGAGGUUUUCAGGACGGGCUGGUUAUUGAAAUGAUAGCUUUAGGGGCUGUGGAAACUUUAGUAGUGGGAAUUUUAGCGGAGGCCGGGGCUAUGGGAGAAAUGACUUUGAGAGGCGAGGUGAUUUCUCAAAUCGAACUCCUGGUAAUGCUGGACGGAAUGAAGAAACUGGCCAUAGGGUCUACCAAAAUGGUGGAUGGAAAAGCCACACACCAAGCCAGUCAAGGCAGCAUGAGCUAGGCUAUGACUGCUCCUUUUGCUCCAGUUUUGUUGAGAAUUGUACCUUUGUCUUUUGAUUACAUAGGAAGUUUAGUCAAACAGCGGCAUUUUUUUUUUUUUUUUUCUGGCUCAAGAGUUUUUAACUUUUUGGUAGCUUUAUUUUUAUUUUAGUUUCUCAGUUAAAUUGGAAAUUUUGUAACUACAUUAUUUUUGGAAUAAUUUUUUUGAAAGGUUAAUUAGUGAUAUGCUUAAUAUAA